AUGCCCGUUUCGCGGUGCCGAAGCGACUGUCCCGUGGGCUCUAACCGCCCCCCGGGACCCGCCACGAGUCCCGCAGCGGACCGGGCUCAGGCCGGGGGCAGCGGUGGCUGGGCGCGGGCCCCAUCGGGAGCGGCGAGCGUGGUGGUGGGCCACCCCCUGGACACAGUCAAGACUCGUUUGCAAGCUGGACAAGGAUAUGGAAAUACACUAAACUGUGUUCUCACUGUAUACAGAAAUGAAUCUCUGGCCGGCUUCUUCAAGGGCAUGGCUUUCCCGCUGGCCAGCAUCGCCGUCUACACCUCCGAGCAAUUUGGUCUCCGAAGGCUGCCGGGUCAGACUCCGGAAGGCGUCGAGUUGUAUCUCUCUUUCUCUCUCUUUUUUCUUUCCUUUUUUUUUUUUCCAGCAAAUAUUAAAUUAAAGCCCCCAGUUCCUGGAUUUCCUGUAUACAGAGGCCCAAUUCACUGCUUCAGGACAGUCUUGCAGAAAGACGGGAUAGCAGGAAUAUACCGAGGCGCGGGAGCGACGCUUCUGAGAGAUGUUCCUGGAUAUUGUCUGUAUUUCAUCCCUUACGCGUUUUUCUGUGGAUGGAUUACCCCGGACGGCUGCCUUUCCCCUAAUCCCUCUUCUGUGUGGCUAGCAGGUGGUGUAGCAGGAGCGAUUUCCUGGGGGACUGCUACUCCGAUGGAUGUUGUGAAAAGUCGACUUCAGGCAGACGGCGUUCAUAGCAACAAGUACAAAGGGACCUUUGACUGUAUCUUGCAGAGCUACCAGAGCGAGGGCUUAAAAGUCUUUUUCAGGGGCAUCACGGUCAAUGCAGUGCGAGGAUUUCCAAUGAGUUCAGCCAUGUUUCUUGGCUAUGAACUCUCUCUCAAAGCAAUGAAAAGAGACCAAACUGAGACCAAUCCUUAACAUCCAGCCAGGAAGACCUGACCAAUCUGCUACUUUCCUGAGCCAAAUCAGCAGUGUGGUAUUGGUGAGGGCCUCACUGGUACCAGCGUGGGAUAUGAUCGAAGAAUCCCAUCGCCACAGAAACCUUCAGCUCAUGAACUGCGCUUUCUGUUCUGCCAUGGACUUGGCCACUGGAGAGUUCUAAACCUGCACCAGCUCAAUCCAAAUCCAAAGAACAUUUUCUUUUGCAAUCUUUCACUCGAUUGUUUAAAAGCACCUUAAUAAUUACUAUGGCUGCAUUGGGCUUUUUCACCAAUGACAUUGUUUCCAUUGAGCCAAUAGAACAAUUUGCUUCCUUUACACAGAAGGGUGGUAUAUAUUCAAAAACAAGCUACCUGACAUCCACUGAAGGAGUGUUUUCUAUAAAAUAUUGUAUAUAAUGCUUGACUUUUUUGCAAACAGGGACAUUCCACUCAAGAAAGAAAAAGGGGAGGCCUGCUGGGGCGGGAGUGCUUUUCAUGUAGGAAGUCCUGGAUUCCUACCAAAUCCUAGUUUGGUUUCAGGAUCAAAGAAAUGGAUGACUACACCCUUAUGAAUGGAUACUGUUGUUUUACAUCAUAAAAUUCUCCACACAGUUUGCCACAGUUUAGCACAUUGAAAGAUGUGGAGGGCUUUGACAACUGUAGUUUGUUAUCGAAGCUAUAAAUUAAAUUGAGAAAAUGGGAGGAUGUUAAACGUGGAGUCUAAGCUGCUCCUCCUUCCUCAGAAAACAAUAAACAAGUCUGUAUUUCAUAUAGGUAGUUGCCCGUUAAUUUACUUAACUUGCCUUGUAGACUUUCAGUGACUUGCUAGAAUCUCAUUAGACAAUCUGGCUUCUUUAAUUUGAUAGUCCAUGUUGCCAAAUGCCAAAUCCUGCAGGCAUCACUUUGCAGCCUUAAGAGGCCACUUCCAGAUGAAGCCUCUUUAAGGGAUGCGGAUUUUAUCCCAAACUAUAUGCUCUAAAAUGUAUGGGCCAGCUUCAAACCUGCAGCUCUUCAUUGCAAUCCUACCCAUAGGACAGGGGCAGAGCCAGGGCUCUUUUUUGUCUACCUCAGCCUUCUCAUUUACUCUCAAGAUCUUGCAGCAUCAUGAUUAUUUCUGUUUACUCUGUUAAAAAUCUCCAUGUUUUAUUUUCUAAGCAUGGGGCUUCUGAUGCUAAAAGCAGGAGAACCAGCUCUAUUGGCAUGAGAGACUCUGGUGGCACUCAGAGGAGAGGUGGGGGGUAACAGCCUCCCAUGCUGAAGGAAGUGCAUCACGGAGGAACAAUCUGGGCCAACCCUUUCUUGUGGAAAAUGCACAGUUCCCGUUAUCUUCCUCUGGAGAAGGAAAGCUUUUGGGAAGAAGCCCAAUGAUGGCAGUUUUAGCAGAGGUUUCUGAAGACAUCUGGAGUAACUAUUCAGCUUUACUCCAUAAAAGGAGGAGAAGGAAAGAGGAAUUCCUACAUCCUUGUCCCUCAAGGAAUGGAGGAACAGUGACUGGGGACAAGACUUGAAGACCCCCCAAGUCCCAGCAAACAGUGCCUGCAAACUUGGGCCUAGAGCUGUACUCAGAAAUGGGUUCCCUGACCUCCUGCAACAGUGUGGACUGCUCUUCACUGGGGCCCACAUUAAUACCCACUUUCCCCAAAACAGGCCCUAAAGAGUGGUAGAAACAAAGCCCACGUAGCUUCAUCUCAGGACUUGUCGGGUAGGAGGUUCACAUGAGCUUGGCAAGAACAAGAGAAACUGUUUUUGAUAAACAUUAUGUAAAAAAUUGAUGAGCCUUCACACAAAUAUUUGCUAUUGGCUUGAUUUAAAAAGUCAUUAUUUUCGUGUUACCUAUUAUAAUAUAUGCACUUAAAACAUGUUCUCUAGAUGCAUAAUAUCAUAUGACUCCAGGGAUAAUACUUGGGAAAACUGCUUCUUCAGUGCAAAUAAACUGUUUCAGCUAUAUAACUACUUUAUGUAAAAUGGACUAUGAAUGAAUUAAA